AGACAUCGCGGCAAUCGGACGUUGCAGACGCGUCGAAGAUCCAAUCUUUCAAUCUAUUCAGACUCUAAUCGAGGACCACACACAAGACAGCAGAAAGCAAAUUCGUUGAAAUCGAAAUCGAAAUGGCGCAGGGCCUUCCUCUUACUCUGCUCAGCAUGGUGCUCCUGUGCGCGGCCACCUCCUUCGCCUGGAAGCCGAUCGCGGUUAGCUCGAGCGGUAGUGGCAUUAGUGGGAGUACAGCCGCCUACAGCCUGAAGCAAUCGCACCCGGGGGCGGCCAGCAGCAGCCACGAGAUAUCCACUAGCUUCUCUCAAUUCAACAACGACGGCAAGGAGACCGCCGUCGAUGCCGAGGACGAUCUGCUGCUGGGCCGAGCCCCCAUUGUCAACGGAGUGGACUCCAGUGCCUCGCUGUCGCAUCCCAUCAGCUUCGUGGAUCACGUCGAGGACCAGUACGAGUCGUACAGCAUCGAGGACGAGGCGCCCAAGGAGCCGCUGACCUUCGCGCGAACGCCGCUCUAUGGGUCGGAUCGGUGUAGCGUUAAGAAGUUCGCCUUCAACCAGGACGGCGAGGUGGAGUACGGCAAUCCCAUACCGGAGUUGGAGCAGUUCACCCUCUGCUUCUGGAUGCGGUUCACCAACCACAGCGGCGACCACGUCCUCCUGACCUACGAGGUUGGAAAGGAACAACGCGAGGUGCAAAUCUGGGUCGCCAAUGCGCAGAAUUCCAGUUUCCUUUCGAUGGCCAUAAAAGGUCAGCAAAUGUUCAGAUUGAACUACCCGCUGAAAAUGCGCCAGUGGCAUCACAUGUGCAGCUCGUGGAAUGGCAAGACGGGCGAGUGGCAGGCCUGGCUGAAGGCAGAACGCAUUGGGCGUGGCUUUCACAACUCGUUGGUGGGUCACAAAAUCCCAGCGAACGGCAAGCUGCGUUCCGGCGGCAGUUCGGUCACCGGCGAAGUGAGCCACGGCCUGCACUUCGAGAUGACUCUGGUCCAGCUGUAUCGCGUGGCCCUCAGUGCUGGGAAGGCGCAUCGCGACCACAAGCACCACCACGUCCAUCACUUUGACCACGAGGGCCAGGAGGUAUCCAGCACCACGCGUGCUCCGCCAUCGAUCAAUCGUCCGCAACCCAUGCACACACUGCUCGCCAGUGGACAGAUUCCAACCAGGGUGCGCAUCAAUCUGGCCAAUCCCACGCCCGCGGCGAAUGGAGGCGCCACUCCUGCAGGCUCAGCGCUCACCGAUCCCGCCCAGCAGCAGGCCAUCACCAUUAACACGAACUUUGUGAACGGACAAAUCAACGCGGGCUCGCGGCUGGUGGCCCAACAGCUGCUGGGACUCUCGCCAUCGGGCGGACUGCAGCCACAAUUGCAGACCGGCGGAGGCAACCGCUUCCAGAUGCUGAGCAACUCGGCCAACGUGCAGUUCAUCGACGAAACGGAGACGCACAUCCAGUUCAAGAGGGAGGCCAACGCCAAGAAGCUGCACAAGCGCGGCCUUGUCCUGCUGGACAAUGGCUCUGUGGUGGACGAUGGAUCCGGAUCCGCUUCCGGAACGGAGGCUAGUGAGUUGUACAACGGGCUGGCCGACUUCGGGGGGCAGCAGUUCAAGCAGGACCUGACCCUCAAGAUGAGCCUGGAGGAGGAGAUCAGCACGCACGACCGCGAGCCCGCCGAGGAGGAGGUGAAGGCGGUGAUGGCCAUCUGCAGCAGCUGCCAUCCGGAGCCCUUCCAGGGGGCCAUCGUCUUUGCGUGGAAGGAUGUGCGCGAGCACAUGAACAACGUACUCAAGGGACUCAGCGUGGGUGCCUGCGGCAACUUCUAGUUAUUCUAUGAGUUCUUUGAGUUCGGACGAUAAACUAGUGACCCACUCCACUCUUGGCUUCCCCAGGCCCUCCUCCUAACCCAAACUAUGUUUCCUGCUUUCAUGUUAUUUUUUUGUUUUUUGUAUAUACGAGUAAGUAAUCAAUUGGAGCGGGAAUCCUCUCUCCUGCUUCGCCUUUCUGCUUGUCCAUGUGGGAGUCAACGCUUUACAACAAUCCUUGACUCGCUCAUGGACACCCAACUAAGCCCAACCUAGCCAACCUACUCAACCACCACACCCUAGCAACUACGCAGUGAUAUUGAAUAAAGGAAUAUUUAAACCAAAGUGGCC